GGCGCAGUAUGGACGGUUACUCGUACGCGUACAUCUCCGAGCCCGUGGAGUUUAGACAUGUGGAGGGCAAGGCCCUCGAUUUCCGCAAGACGUUCGAUGUGCGGGGUCGUGGCACCGACGAAAUGCUCCAGCUAUACCUACGGAAGGCCAACCUGUCCGACGACCUUGACCGUCUGUCGGCCAUUCAGAGACGGGCCUAUGUCUAUGACAUAAUUAGGAGCCAUAAAGGGCCCGGUUAUUGGGUGCCGCCGUCCAUGCAAGUAAGUAGCGACGUCUUUGCCCAUCCGCCACCUGCCGUACGCCCACCUCCCGCUGUCACAGCCAGAACCACGCCCUACGCCGACAACGCCAGUCUGUACAGCAUGAAGAGCUCUUCCUCAUCGAACAGCUUGGACCGCUACCUCGGCGCCCCGCCAUCAACUGCCAUUGCAGGGCCCAGCUUCGCCACAAGCGUCCUGGUCAGCAGCAAGGGGUCCAAGUAUGAGAUCAGCGGCCCCGUCAACUUUCAGCAUGUGUCCGGCGACGUAACGCGGGAUCGCACAAGAAACGCCUUCGACCUGAGCGCCGAUGCAAACGACAACGUCCUGAGGAAGUACAUGAUGGAGCGGGGUAUUACGGAGGCGGACAUAGCGGACAUGCGGCGCCAGGAUGUCGUCAAGAAGAUUGUCCAUUCGAACUUCACCUGGAUGCCCAAAAAGCAGGAUUUUCAGGCUCAGCCGAAAGUUCAGGAACACCAGCCACGCCCACUCCUCUAUGCUACAAUUUCAACAAACAAUCAGAUCACUCCGCCGCCAUCACCUCCGCCAACACCACUGAUUUUGAAGCCAGGUCCCACACCGAGUUUCGCCAACUACGCCUCGCUCACAUCACGCUUUGUGGACAUCUCGGAUAUGGAUAUGCCUUCUGUGGUGAAGCCAGCAGCUCAGACGCCAUUCAGACAGCAGGAGGUUGGGUCAGUUGUUCCCGCCCAGGUUCAGUCUCAGCCACAUCAAGUAAUGAGGCCGAAAGUGCCUCCGCCGCCAUCGGCUGUGACAGCUAACAAUACGUACGCGUAUCCGGCCGCCAUUGACAUGCGUCAAGUGCGACCCUCUGGUCCUCCAAAAUCAGCGCCCGAAACGUACGCCACGAUUGCGCCACAAAGAAAAGCAGGCACAAUGCGCAUCCCACCACCAGCGCCUCCGAAGCCAACGAUUUUGCCCAACACCAGCUCGAUGAUGGCCGUGCAAUACGCAACGGGUUCUAAGCCACCACCGCCUGCACCUCCAAUCAAACCAGCACCUUCGAUCAAAGCACCAGCUGCGGUCUAUGCGCCUCCUCCACCUCCACAGCAAAGGCCGAGUCCAGUUGCAUCAGGCAUUCCUCCGCCGCCACCCCCAAUGCCGGCUGCAACUACAUCUGGUGGUCCACCACCACCACCACCGCCGCCGAUGCCAGCUUUAACCGCGGGCGGACCUCCAAGAGCAAUCCAAAAGUCAGAUCUGCCUAAAGCUGCACCCACUGCUUCUGCGGGCGGAGAUCGUGAUGCGUUCCUGGAGAGUAUACGGAAUGGAGUGGCACUAAAGAAGGUAGAUAAAAAGGCAGCUACAAUAAGCGGCAUUAAACCACGACCUGAACGAAAAGCAGCACCACCAGCAAUGGAUUUCAUGAGUGAACUGAAGCUUGGACUUACGCUGAGACGUACAAAGAAUCCGGCCGAAAAUCCAUAUUCCGAUGAAUCACAAGCAUAGCCGUUAAAUAUUUAAUUGUGGCCGCCGCCACACUUUACAGCACUGGACGAAAUACAAGGCUGCCAUAUUAAUAAUUUUAAGUUUUAAAUACAACUAACCAUGACAAUUGCCAGCGAAACCAUUGUAAAU